AUGAUUAGAAGACAUGCAAGAGAAAGAAAAGAAUACUUGUAUAGAAAAGCUGAGCAGCUCAAAGAACAGUCUCAGAUAGAGAAAAGACACCAGCUUGCGCAAGCCUUGGCUACAGGUAAGAAUCUACCUAAAGAGAUAGCAGACGAUGAAAAAUUGCAAAAAGAUUUCUUAUAUGAUGAAUCGAUCCAAAAGACCAACGAAGAGCUCGACGAUGAAUAUUCGAGCCUGAGUGGUUUGGUGGAGCCUAAAGUGGUUAUUACUACAUCCAGAAGUCCAUCUUCGAGAUUAUCUCAGUUUACUAAGGAGGUGAAAUUGAUGUUUCCUAACUCGAUCAGGAUUAACAGAGGUAACUAUGUUAUGCCGGCUCUAGUUGAAACGUGCAAAAAAUCAGGUAUUACAGAUAUCGUGGUGGUUCAUGAACACAGAGGUGUGCCAUCCACCAUGACUAUCAGUCAUCUGCCUCAUGGACCUACAGCUACAUUUACUUUACACAACGUUGUGCUCAGGCACGAUUUAUACAAUGUUGGUAAUAUAAGUGAGGCAUAUCCACAUUUAAUAUUUGAGAACCUCACUACUAACUUGGGAAACAGGACCACAACGAUAUUGAAGCAUCUUUUUCCGCCGGGAGUGAAGAAAGAGUCUCCGAGGGUUUUAUCCUUCAUCAAUAAAGAUGACUUCAUCAGUGUCAGACAACACAUUUAUGUGAGGACUCGUGACGAUGCAGAACUUAGUGAAGUUGGACCGAGGUUCGAAAUGAGACUCUUUGAGAUUAAGCUAAGUACGUUGGACGAUUCUGAUGCAGAUGUGGAAUGGAUGCUCAGAAGAUUUGUCAGGACGGGAAAUAGAAAGAACUAUCUUAGCGAGAACUAG